AGAUUUAUUCUCUGCUGGGGAUCGCGUAAAACAAAAACUAAUGAUAACGCUGUGAUAUGGAUGGUCUUUGACUUAUUGCAUUCUUCAAAUUUAUAAACAGGUUCCAUUUACAGUUGCUUGUGGACCGACACAAACAGAACAGUAGACCGCAACCGCUAGGAGACGAUACAGCGUUGGCCAGCCUUGUUAAACAAUAAUAUAAAUUUGAACGUAAAUAAUAUGGAUAUCAAAAGAGUUUUGGUGGCCGAUGCAGUAGAUCCUGCUUGUACGGAACUUCUGAAGAAAUAUUCCAUUCAAGUGGAUUGUAAAUAUAAAUUAUCCAAAGAACAGCUUAUUGCCGAAAUUAAGGUAAAGACAUUUAAAAAAAACAUUCAUUCGUUCUGUAGAAAACAAAAUCGUAACCUAAUCGUAAAACCUACAAAAUUAAGAAAUGAACAAUUUGACACAUAUGUAUAUAUUCCUCAUAUUAAUUUCAGUACACCUGGAGGAAACUCUAUAAGCGCUUGUGAACUGACUUGUGCUUUAAUAACCGACUUAGCCAGAAACAUAUCAACCGCAAAUGCCUCCUUGAAAGCAGGACGAUGGGAUAGAAAAAUCUACGCCGGUCAUGAACUGUAUGGUAAAACUUUAGCCAUUAUUGGUUUAGGCAGAAUUGGAAGAGAAGUUGCCAUUCGAAUGCAGUCCUGGGGAAUGACGACGAUUGGAUACGAUCCCAUUGUAACAGCAGAGGAAUCAAAGAAGUUUAAUGUGGAGUUUAUGCCGUUGGAGGCAAUAUGGGCUCGAGCUGACUACAUAACCGUACAUACCCCUCUAAUCGAUGCUACAAGGAAUUUAAUAAAUGGAAAAGUAUUAAAUGCAUGUAAGAAAGGUGUCCGAAUCAUAAACGUAGCAAGAGGCGGAAUAGUCAACGAGGCAGAUUUGCUCGCAGCUUUGAAGUCAGGACAAUGUGGCGGAGCUGGAAUAGAUGUUUUUGAGCAGGAACCCCCUACGAAUGCUAUUACUCUUGAAGUAAUAGCACACGAUAAAGUCGUGGCAACACCGCAUUUGGGUGCUAGUACAGCUGAAGCACAAAUUCGCGUGGCAGUUGAAGUUUCUGAACAAAUUAUUGCUUUAACCGGAAAAAGUACAGAAUACACAUCAGCGCCUGGUAUCAUAAAUCGCAGUGUAUUGUAAUGGAUAAUUUAAAAGUGUGAACUUUUUCUGCGCGUUCAGGAACGGUCUACGGUUUUGCUGAGCGGCUGACUGUUUUUGUGUGUAAAAAUAGACCAUUUAGAGAACUUGCUUACUCAGCCACUUAGCCGCUGCCUUCCCUGAACGCGCACAUUAAUUUUAUCAGAGAAUAUCAAUGUGUAAACUCACUAAUUAAUAAAUUUUUACAAAAAAUA